AACCAUGAACGUUAGGCGUACGGUGCUUUCGUCCUUGACCAAACACGUUGAUCGUAUACGCAAUGUUUGUAUCCUUGCACAUGUUGAUCAUGGUAAAACUACAAUGGCUGACGCCUUGUUGGCUACCAACGGUAUUGUUUCUUCGCGCCAAUCAGGGAAAUUGCGGUAUAUGGAUAACACUGAGGGGGAGCAAGAGCGUGGCAUAACGAUGAAAUCUAGUGUAAUUGGUCUCAUUUUCAACCGGAAAGUCUCCUCUGUAGAUAAAAACGAUGAAGAUUAUUAUCUUGUGAAUUUAGUGGACUCCCCUGGUCAUGUUGACUUUUCUUCCGAAGUUUCGACAGCAGUUCGACUAUGUGAUGCUGCAAUUAUCGUUGUUGAUGUUGUCGAAGGAGUAUGUCCUCAGACACGUACGGUGCUCCGUCAAGCUUGGGAUGAAAGACUAACUCUGUUAUUGGCUUUAAAUAAGAUCGAUCGAUUGGUUGUAGAAAUAAAACUAACUCCGUCGCAGGCUUAUGAAACCAUGUGUCGAGUGAUAGAACAAGUCAACUCCGUCCUUGCGGAAAUGUUUUCUGCAGAUAUGACGCGUCAAAGAGAUGGUAUGUGGCAGACGAAUAUCGACGAACUUGUAAGUACUUAUCCGUUUUGUACAUGUAUUCAUUAUCGGUUGCCAGAUGAAAAUUGAUUAACACAAGCAUGCCGUAAGUGUUCCUGUCCAUGUUCAUUAAAUAAUCCAUUAGUUGUGUCUAUUUCGCAUUGGGUACUGUUGACUCCUUGGGAUAUUGCAUACGUGGGAUGAAACUAGGACUGUCGCUUUGUUGGUCACAUUGUAUUAUAAUAGCCAUUUUCGGUUGUUAUUCCGAAAUGCGUAAGCAUCUUGGGGAAUUCAGUAAAAUGUAAUGAAUAAAGUGAUAAAAUGAUACUUCACAAUAACUAUUUUUUCAGCAUUAACUUGAAACAUUAGAUAGUUUUGUUAAUUUAUAAUCUAUUAGUUUAUUACAGCCCAUAGAGGGACUUACGAAAACCAUCUAGUUUAUUGCCUUACUGCACUAAAUGUGGCUCAACAUUGGUGUCAAUGAAAUUCUGGUUACUUAUCUACAUAAAGUGUAAGAUGUAUUUCAAGGUGAAAUACUCUCACAAUGAACUGGUCUCUUCAUCAUUAUUAUCAUUGCUUAUAUCCCACGUGAUCUGUUUUUUUUCUAUUUUGUGACAUUUUCAAGCGUCUUCAUUAUUCGAAGAUUGUAAACUAAGUAUGUAGGUUACAUCUGACACUGAUUGAUCUCAUUUAGGGUACCGUUGAAAACCGAAAAUCACUAGUCAUACUAAACUAAGCUACAGCGAAAUCAGAAAUCGGUCUAAGUUAGACUACGAUUGAAAAGAGAUGGAUGCACUGAACGGCCAUCUCCUCCUAGUAUGGAACUCUUCAUCUGUGUGCGUCCAAAACUUCCCAGGCGGGAAUCAAUCCAAGAACAUUCAGUCUUAUGCGCAGACGCUCAACCUCUAGAUCAUUGAACCGGCAUCCAACGGUGUUAAUAUCUCACAUCAAUCACUCCGAGACAUUUGGCGACUAUAUUCCAUUUUCUUCGGUGGGUAACUGCCUCACACAACACGGAUUAGCUCCGCUGGUCACGGCAUCCAUCCAUUCAUCCACUUUCAAAUGUAAUUCAUAUUGAUAAUUCCUUAACCGGAGAUAGUUACAUCACCUGUUGAUAAUUGGUCUGAGUGAUAGUUCUUUCAGGUUCUAAUAAUAACUUGUAGUUUCUACUAUCAGCUAAAUGCUGUUCAUAACAAAAUACAUCAAAUAACAUCAUUAGUUAAUUGAGAAUGUGAGUUAUAUGUGUUUGGUUUAGGAACUUUAAGUUUCAUUAUCUAGGGAACUUUAAGUGUAUAUUGCAUUGGAUCUGCAGAAUGCUACACGCCAGUUGUUUGCUACUCUUUGACUUGCAGUCUUUUCUUCUAUUGAUUUUUAAUUAUAGUUUCCAUCAAACACCACUAUAUUCCGUGAAUUUUAUGAACUUAUAUAAAUUCUACUAUACAUUUUCCAGAACCUUUCAAGUGAUGUACAACAUGAUAAUUACGUGUAUGAUUGGAGCAAUAAUCUUGGGAAAGCUGACGAUUCUAACUUGUACUUUUCACCUGAAAAAGGGAAUGUUGUAUUCUGCUCUUCUGUCGAUUCGUGGGGAUUUCGUGUAGACCAAUUUUGCCAGACCUGGUCUGAACGCCUAUCUAUUCCUUGCUCAAUUUUACAAAAAUCCCUAUGGGGUGAUUUUUAUCUAACUUCCUCUCCUACAGAAUCAAAUAAAAUGAUUGUCAAACCUAAUGCUAGGCAAAAACAGAAGAAGUCAAUUUUCGUUCAGUUGGUCUUAGAGCCUUUAUGGAAUGCAUAUCAAACAUUAUUCUUUGAAGAUAAACGUGAUAAAGUGUUUGCAAUGGCUCAAAAGGUUGGUGUGAAUUUAGACCAACGUGUUAUUCGUAAUGUUGAUAGUCGUGGAGUGUUACGUGCUUUCCUGAGUGUUUGGUUGUCGUUAGGUCAUACACUUAUGCAUGCCAUAACGGAUAUCUGUCCCAGUCCAUCUUCAGCAGUGUCUGCUGACCGAGCUGUACAUAUGUUGUAUGGAGAUACAGUUUUAUGUGAUUCAACACUUACCAAAAAAGAUUCUGUCAUAACAAUCGAUCAAACUUCACGUGUACCAAUUAAUUCAAUAUAUUCAACAUCUGGAGCUAGCUUAGCUCUUCAAUCUUGUGAUUCAUCAUCACUGGCUCCAACCAUUAUUUUUGUAGCUAAAGUAUUUUGGACUGAUAAAUUACGUCUCACUUCAAAUGUUACUAGUAAUCCUGCUUCUAAAAAUACCAAACAAGAGAGUACAGAUUCUGACCAGAUUUCACCAUCAUGUGAUACAGCGAAUACCGAUGUAAAUAAUCAUCCAAGUGGAAUACAAUCUUCUAUCCCCAAACAAAUUAAUCUACGAUCUCCUUUGUUACUGUGUAACCCAUUCACAGAUACUGAUUUUAUUGCUUUAGCUCGAGUAUUUAGUGGUUCUGUUUAUCCUGGUCAAAAAUUGUUUGUUCUUGGACCAAAAUUUAAUGGUAGAAAAGUUCCUUCAUAUCUCUUGGAUACAGAUCCUGAAAGUCUCCCAAUUGGUCCUGUUCGUUUGCGAAACGAUGAUGAAGAUGCUGAAAUUUCAUUAACUGGAAACGAAACCGGUUCAAUUGAUAAUUUUUGCACAUUUAGUCCAAUAAAUUCUGGUUCCUUACCUGUUAGUCGUUCAGGAUCUGUUGGAGGUUCAGGCGAGUAUCGAUUGACUGGUCCUAAAUAUUUACGUCAUGUUUACGUAGCUUGCGUUGUUCAUGUCCUUCAGCUAUUAGGAGGUCAGUCGGAUUUCGUUAAACUUCUCGAACCUGUACCAUCUGGAAACAUAGUAGGUCUUACUGGACCAGAUUUAAUAGCUUGUCUACCGAAAUCGGGUCUCUUGGUCAGUCGACUAUCUCUAGUUUCUUCAUUUAAUAAAACAGAUAGCAGUGAAACUGAACUGGCUCCUGUUCUCCCGUUAGCUGGAUUAGCAGUUUGGCAUGGGGCACCAGUAAUUUCAGUUGCUGUUGAACCUGCAUCUGCUACAAAUCCUGAAGAUGUUUAUAGAUUGGAACGUGGUCUUCGACUUUUAGAUCGUGCCGAUCCCUGUGCUGAGGUAACAAUUACAGCCAAUGGUGAAUAUAUUAUACGUGCUGCUGGUGAAAUUCAUUUACAAAAAUGUAUAGAAGAUUUAAUAAAAUAUUUUGCACCUGAAGUUGAAUUACAAAUAUCUCCAUUUGUUGUACCAUUUCGUGAAACAAUUAUUGAUGCAUGUAAUACAUCUAAUUCUUUAUCAUUAAUUAGCCUGUCUAAUUUAUCAUAUGAGAAAGCUUAUAUUCAAUUUGAAAGUUUAUUACAAAAGUUUAAUUUAACAUUGAAUUAUGAUCAAUUAAAAAAUCUUCAUUUACAAUUACCAUCAUCAUCAUUAGGUACUACAGGAGAUGAUGAAUUAAAGCCAACUACUACUACUAAUACUAUUACUGGGGAUAAUUUAAAAUCGAUAAGUUGUGGUACACAAAAAUUACAUAAUUUUCAUCAUAAUUUAGAUAUUAAUAAUUUUCCUAUUAGUAUAUUUCAAUUACCUCAUAGUAAACCUAGAACAAGAAUAUUAAUACGAGUUACUGCUCAUCCAAUGCCAUGUGAAUUAUUAAAUUGGAUUGAACAUUAUGGAUCUUCAAAAGUUUCUCAAUUAAUUCGAGCUUUUAAAAGUAAAGCAUUAAAUUACACUAAACUUUUAUCUGAAUUCGAGCAACAGCUAUCAAAUAUCUGUUCUCAAUUAACAUCAAAAUGUACUACCGCAUGUUCUAUCAAUUGGAAUCAAAUAACAACAUCGUUGUUAGCUUUUGGACCAAAUCAAACUGGACCAAAUAUAUUAAUUAGUCAUUUAAAUACCGAUUAUUUUCCAUUAUGUACUGUUUGGGGUAAAAAACUUAAUUCAUCAUUGAAUAAUUCUACUAUACAUUUAAAAAGUGUAAAUAAAAAAUCGAAUAUCAAUUUACCAAUUAUUAGUUAUGGUAAAGCAUUGCUACGAGGUUUUCAACAGGCCACUUUAAAAGGACCACUUUGUGCUGAACCAAUGUACGGUAUUGUAUUUGUAUUAGAAGAAAUUGUUGCAGAAAGUUUGGAUACAUUAAAAUUACCAAAUUAUAGUAGUGACAAUACUACUACUACUACUACUACUGUUAAUAGUAAUAAUGCUAUUUCUCAAGAAAAUAAAUCGCACGAAUCAAAUAUUAACUAUGAAUUAACAGCAUCGUUACCAUUGGAAAAUUCAAUACCACCAUCUACUACUGCCACUACCUAUUCAACUGAUUAUAAACCGGAUAAUCAAUUAUUAAGCAAUAAAUCUAAACGUAAAUCAAAACGAUUAACAUCCAUCUCAUGGUUAGAUGAUGAUGGUGAUGAAAUUGAGCGUUUUUAUCACAGCAGUUCAGAAGAGCUUGACCAAGAUAGUGAUAAUGAUGAUGAGAAUUGGUGUUCUGAUUCUUCAAAAAAUGAAGAUAGUCAGUCUGAUCAAUUGUCUGAUGUCGAGAAUUCCAACGUGUCUGUUUUACAGAAUCCCGAAACGGAAACUUGUUUUGACACAACCAAAGAAAUCCCUUAUUGGCAACGACGAUCCGACAUGUCAUGGUUACAUGAUAUUCCACCAGGUCUCUUAACACCAGCUAUGACACGAGCCUGCAUAGCUGCAUUUCAAUCCUGUCCAUUUCAACGCUUAAUGAUCGCUGUAUAUGACUUGGAAUUACAAGCUCGAAGUGAUGUUUUGGGACGCAUGUUUGGAGUUCUUCGCAGGCGAUAUGGCAGAGUUGUUGGUGAAGAUUUUAGAGAAGGCGAAAAUACUUUUGUUAUUAGUGCCAGAUUACCUGUUAUUGAGAGUUUUGGACUUGCAGAUGAAAUAAGAAAACGUACCAGUGGUGUUGUCAGCCUUCCACAAUUACGUCCCGGUGGUUGGGAAUUGCUAGAUAUCGAUCCAUUACAAAAAGAUGUGUUUUCUAUAGAUAGUAAAGAAUCUUUUAGUGAACCGUUUCGCACGAAAGGAGGUUCCAGUAAACUUUUUCGGUCGAAACUACCUAUUUCAAAUCUUCAUGGUGGUGGUGGUGGUGGUGAUGAUGGAACUGAUGAAAAUAUGGAUGAACCCACAGGUCGAAUAUCUAGAGUACAACGAUAUAUUCGAGAAGUUAGAUUACGCAAAGGAUUACCAUUAAAUGAACAAUUAGUGCUUAAUGCCGAUAAACAAAGAACGUUAAAAAAGAAUAAAUAGAUAUGCUAUUUUAUAAAUAAAAACAACUUGUAAAUUAUAUUUUAGAGUUAUAUAUAAUUUUCUAUUUGAAUAAAUCAUAAUCUGUUUUGAUCCGAAUUCACAUUAAUUUUCUAUGUAUCUUAGUAUUUCUAAUGACUACUACUAGCCUGAUGAUUGAUUUUCUUGACUUUCUGUAAGGAGCUCCCAUUUUCUUUUUAGGGGUUUCUUUUCGAAUAAUAUUAUCGCCAAUCACUGUUGAGAUUGUGACUUAAUGGAUAUUAUAUUGUAUUUGUUAUAUAUUGGACUAUAAGAUUUAAAUCUUAUUUACUACAUAUU